AUGUCUAUAAAUGAAAAACAGAAUCUGGUUCCACCUCAACCUCAUCUCUUUGGUUCUCCAUCCAGGUUCAUGUCUCUAGCAGUUUCUUCACCAAAAUGGUUGAACAAUUGUGUUCAAGCACUCAUCUCAAUUCUAUGUUGCGUCGUUUUCCUCAUGUUUGAUCUUCUUGAUUCUGUUUUUUGUGUUAUCUAUGGAUAUCUUGAUAAACUCAUUGAAGGGCAGGCUUCCCCUUGUUGCUGCUCUAUCUGGGAGAGGCAAAAGAGGAGGAUGAAUGUGACAGAUGAUGGUCUAUCAGAUAGCUUGUUUGAGAGAAAGAACACUUUCAGAGAAAUGGGAUUCUUUCAAUAUGAGAGAAAACGCGAAGAUUCCAAUACAAAUUUUAAUAAAGAUGGUGGAAUGUCAGUGAACAGUUGGUCUGAUUGUGGCUGUGAGUCUUGUCUUUCAUGGGUGAAUGAUGGAAGCGACUUUAAACUUCAUUUUGUUGUAAAGGAACCCUUGUUGGCCACUGGUGAGAACUUCCGAGGAAAACCUUCUGAGAAUGUCAUAUUCUUGCAUGGAUUUCUCUGUUCUUCCUCAUUUUGGACACAGACAGUGUUUCCAUAUUUUUCUGAAAAGGUGAAUCACAAGUACAGAUUGAUUGCCAUUGACCUGUUGGGAUUUGGCAAGAGUCCAAAGCCUAGAGAUUGCUCAUACACUUUGAAGGAUCACGUAGAAAUGAUUGAGAAAUCUGUGGUUCAACCUUUGGAGUUGAGUAGCUUUCAUUUAGUUGCACACUCCAUGGGUUGCAUAAUUGCAUUGGCCUUGGCUGCUAAGUACCCCAAGUGUGUCAAAUCAAUCACCCUUGUUGCUCCCCCAUACACUUCUUCUGACGAAAAUGAUGCUUGUCUAAAGACACUAUCAAUGCUUGCUGGAAAGAAAUUGUGGUCCCCAUUGUCGUUUGGUACUUCUUUUAUGUCAUGGUAUGAGCACUUGGGUCGUACUGUUUGCCUCGUCUAUUGCAGAAAUCACAGAAUAUGGGAGAGCAUUCUAAAAUGCAUUACUCGCAAGAGGGAUCUUCAUUUCUUGACAAUAGACUUGGCCAGGCACACCCAUCAUUCAGGUUGGAGUUCCAUGCAUAAUGUGCUAUGUGGAGGAGCAAAAUUUGUGGACAGUUACCUUAUAAUUUUGACCAAAGUUGGAGUGCGCAUAAGUGUGAUUCAAGGUGAUAAAGAUCGAGUUGUCCCAAUGGAGUGUUGUAGUAAGUUAAAGUUGAAGGCUCCUAAUGCUGAAAUCAAUAUCAUUCCAAAUGCAGACCAUGGCACUGUACUAUUUGGCAGAGAGAAGGAAUUUGCAUCUAGUCUAGAGCAUAUAUGGGAAUCUUGCUUUUGA